AAUCUAAAUACGAUAUUAUUAUAUAAUUCAUAUUAAAUGUUGAAGCCAAGUUAAAUUACACACUCAUGUUCUUGAGAGAGAUCUCAAACCCCAAGAAAUCUAUUAUUGAAUAAUUAUAUUAAGUUUUUGUUUGUUAAUUUAUACAUGUGGUGUAUAAAAGAAAAUAAUAGUUGUAGAUAUUAUAAUUAGAUAUAGAUUGGUUUAGGAGGAAAAGUUAGUUCUACUAGAACAAAAAAGCAAUUAAUUUAGAAGAAAGCAACGAAUAAAGAGGGGGUGUUGGGGCCUUGAGCCGAUUAAUCUUAAUUUAGGUUAUCCAGAUAUUUGCUGGUGUUGUUUCUUAUCCCAUGCGUAAUUGAGCAGCUGCAGCCCACAGCGUUCCCCUCUGAUUGAAAACUCAGUCUCCUCUGCCUGCUUCAUCCUUCCUUCCUUUCUUCAUUCACUGGCACCCUUCCGAGUCAAGCAUAAGAUCAAAGGGAGACCCUUUCUUUUCCUUGUCUCCCCCUGCAUGCAACCAUGAAGAUUUUCAAUCCCUCCAAAUGCUUUCUCCAGAACGUGGUGUGUCCUUCCGACACCCUCCUCAUCAUUAAAAGGAUGAAGCCCUUCGAUCUGGGUCUCUCCCACCUCCACCAAUUCCAAUUCAGAUCCUACAAUUGAAAAAGAAUACAACAAUCCCUAGACCACGUUAGCACCCACACCGCUUCCUUCACUACCACACCCCAGCCCCGACAUGGACCGGCGCACGGGCAGCACCCGUAACAUCCUCUUCAACAAGUACGAGAUAGGGAAAUUGCUGGGACAGGGCAACUUCGCCAAGGUGUACCACGGCAGAAACCUCAGCACAAAUGAGAGCGUGGCCAUCAAAGUCAUAAAAAAAGAGAGGCUUCAGCAGAAAGAGAGGCUCGUCAAACAGAUCAAACGCGAGGUCUCCGUCAUGAGCCUGGUGCGUCACCCCCACAUCGUCGAAUUAAAAGAGGUGAUGGCCAACAAGGCCAAAAUCUUCCUGGUUGUCGAAUACGUCAAAGGAGGUGAACUCUUCGCCAAGGUUGCAAAGGGGAAGAUGAAGGAAGACGUCGCCAGAAAGUACUUUCAGCAACUCAUCAGCGCCGUCGAUUUCUGCCACAGCCGCGGCGUCACCCACCGCGAUUUGAAGCCGGAGAAUCUGCUCCUCGACGAGAACGAAGACCUUAAAGUCUCCGACUUUGGCCUGUCGGCGCUGCCGGACCAGCGCAGAUCCGACGGGAUGCUCCUGACGCCGUGCGGGACGCCGGCCUACGUGGCGCCGGAGGUUCUGAAGAAGAAGGGGUACGAUGGGUCGAAGGCUGAUAUAUGGUCCUGCGGGGUCAUCCUCUUUGCUCUUCUUUCUGGCUAUUUGCCCUUUCAAGGUGAGAAUGUGAUGAGAAUUUACAGCAAGUCUUUCAGAGCCGAUUAUGCGUUCCCCGAAUGGAUUUCCCCUGGGGCUAAAAACUUGAUCUCCAAUUUACUCGUUGUGGACCCGCAAAAGAGGUAUUCCAUUCCCGACAUCAUGAAGGACCCUUGGUUUCAAAUUGGGUUCAUGAGGCCCAUUGCUUUUUCCAUGAAGGAGUCUGCGGUUGAAGAUAACAUUGAUUUCAGCGGGGAUGAUGUUUCCAAUGGUAGUGAUGAUGGCAAUAGCAGCAGCAGCAACAACGAUGAUGGGGAAUUGACUGGGGCUAAGCCUGCUCGUCCGUCUUACAACGCUUUUGAGAUAAUCUCGUCCUUGUCGAAUGGGUUCGAUCUGAGGAAUUUGUUUGAGACGAGGAAGCGGUCGCCGUCCAUGUUCAUUUCCAAGUUUUCGGCUUCGGCGGUGAUGGCGAAGCUGGAGGGGGUGGCGAAGAAGCUGAACUUUAGGGUGACGGGGAAGAAGGAGUUCGUGGUGAGGAUGCAGGGGGCGACGGAGGGGAGGAAGGGGAAGCUGGCCAUGACGGUCGAGGUAUUCGAGGUGGCGCCGGAGGUUGCGGUGGUCGAGUUCGCCAAGUCUGCUGGAGACACGCUUGAAUACAUUAAAUUCUGUGAGGACCAAGUCAGACCUUCUCUCAAAGACAUUGUGUGGAGUUGGCAAGGGGACGCUAAUUGCCACCAGUAACGCAAUGGAGUUACUUUCCGUUAUGUCUUAAUCUUUUGCUUGUUUCCAUUAUCACAAUCCGUUUGGGUUUAGAUUUAUUACCCAUGUAAUGUAAUAUUCUUAGUUCUUAUUUCCUCCUCCAAGCUUAUUUAUUUAUGACUUUCUUUUGUAUUCCUUAAGCCAGAGGGCAUCCUGCUAAUCUGUAUGAUGUCAGAAUUUGUUAUAAUACUAGCUAGUACUGGUAUUUUAGCAUGUUCCUGCAAAACAGCGACAGAGAUUGCAAAAUUGGUAAUUACAAGUCCAAGCCAAUUAGUAUUCAAAA